AUGGACCCAAGCAGCAACAGCAGAAGAAGAAGAAUUGCCGUUGGAGGAGGAGCCGUUGUUGCUGCAGGCUCUGUUUGGGAAACGAGAAUGCAGACCGACGACGAAGUUAGUAACAAUAAAGCCAUUGUCAAUGUCAAGGCCAUUCAUCUUCAUGCUGUCGACGAACACGACAAUUCUAACAAGCAGAUGAGCUUAAAGGAGACUGCUUUAGGGGUUAAUGGAAAGCGAAGGACUUGGAAGUCCGAUGUGAAGAGCUCAUCCACUGAGAUCAGUCGAGCCGAUUCCUCUCUGAAGCUCACGAGGCCGAGAUCGUUCGGUAGUACUCCUCCGGUGACGCCGAGGAGAUCAAUUGGCACUCCUCCUCCGAUGACGCCGAGGAGAUCGAUCACUAGUGACUCCAGUGAUAAUAAGAGUUUGACUGUGUCGGUGUCGGUGAAGAAGACGAGAUCUGAUUCCGUGGAAGGGAUUGAGAAGACUCCGGGUCGGGUUAAGAAGACCCGAUCGGAACUCUGCACGGCGAUCGUGAAAUCCGGUGAAUUUGAUUCAGCUCCGUUGAGAAAAGUGAAUUCAUUGCCAGCUCGCAAUUCCGAGAAAUCCGAUGAGAAAACAGAGCAUGUCGAUGUACUUCCAGAAGAGAAGAAAGACGAGACUGUAACCGAGAAGCUGCAGAUCACAGACGAAAUUAAGGAGUUUGGUGUCUGUCAGGAGACAGUCGUCUCCGCUAAUACGAACGAAGAUGAGCAGAUCGAAAAUGGCGAUCACGAGGAGGAGGAGAGAGAAGCGGAGAAGCAGAGUGUUGAUGUGAAAGAAAUGAAUGUAGCGAAGGAGGUUAGCAAGAACAGAGUCAGUAUUGAAACUAAAAAAUACAGUCAAUUUCACAACAGAAAAGCUCCGUCGCCGUCUUCCGUCCGUAAAAUCCCGGCUCCGGUAAUCAAAAGAGCAACUCCCGUUUAUUCGGUCCCACCAAGCAAAGAUAGAAUUACAGAGGAAGGACACAACUUUACUCAGCCACAGAGCAAAUUACAGAGUCUAGUGGAUCUGGUGAUGUGGAGAGAGGCAUCAAGGUCGGCGCUUGUCUUCGGUCUCGGAACAUUCCUCAUAAUCUCUUCUUCAUACGCCAACGAUCUCAACUUCAGCUUCAUAUCAGUGGUAGCGUACAUGGGACUCAUAUAUCUGGGAGUCAUGUUCGUAUUCAAAUCAGUCAUCCACAGGGGAAUAGUGGAGGAGGAGGAGGAGAGGCAUAAAGAGGGUGGAGUGAGAGAGGAAGACGUCAAGAGAAUGCUCAGACUCAUAAUGCCUUACCUCAACGAGUCUCUGCUUCAACUCAAAACCUUUUUCUCCGGAGAUCCAUCCACCACCCUCAAGAUGGGAGUGGUGCUGUUCGUUCUGGCCAGGUGUGGCUCUUCUAUCACUCUUUGGAACCUUGCCAAAUUUGGCUUUUUGGGAGCAUUUACAGUGCCGAAAAUAUUCAUCUCCUACUCAACACACUUCUCUGCUUACGGUAAGUUCUGGGUGAGGAGAUUCAGGGACGCAUGGGAAUCAUGUAAUCACAAAAAAGCGGUGGCUUUAACACUCUUCACCCUCGUCUGGAACCUCUCCUCCGUCGUUGCCCGUGUUUGGGCUGCAUUCAUGUUAUUCGUCGCCUUUAGAUAUUAUCAGCAGAAGAUGAUCUGGACGACUGAUCAAGACGAUGAUGAGGAUGAGGAGGAGGAAGAGGAUGAGGAAAAUGUAGUAGACGAUGACGAUGAAGAAGAAGAAGAACAAGUCCCUAAGCUAAAAAGAGCUGCUUAUAUGAUGAUGAUGCCUAAUAAACUCAAGAAAAAUUCUUAA